GACUUUUCAAUGAGUUUAAUUAGUUUCUGCUGAGUCUUGUUGCCGCAGUGAAUUCUGGGAGUAGUCGAAUGAUUCAAGAUGGCGGCGAGCAGGAGACUGCACAAGGAGCUUGAAGAAAUUCGCAAAUCCGGGAUGAAAAACUUCCGGAAUAUUCAAGUCGAUGAAUCAAAUAUACUGACAUGGCAAGGCCUUAUUGUUCCAGAUAACCCUCCAUAUGACAAAGGGGCAUUCAGAAUUGAGAUAAUUUUCCCUGCAGAAUACCCUUUCAAACCCCCAAAGAUCACGUUCAAGACGAAGAUCUACCACCCCAACAUUGACGAGAAGGGGCAGGUCUGUCUGCCAGUAAUUAGCGCAGAGAACUGGAAACCAGCCACCAAAACCGACCAAGUUAUUCAAUCACUUAUAGCGCUGGUGAACGACCCACAGCCAGAACAUCCCCUGAGGGCCGACUUAGCAGAAGAAUACUCAAAGGACCGUAAAAAAUUCUUUAAGAACGCAGAAGAGUUUACAAAGAAACACAGUGAAAAACGGCCAGUGGACUAAUGACACCCUGACAAGUGUGUAGCGCCACUCUUCCCAAACAUAAAAUCUUUUCUCUGCACCCUCUUCUUUCCUCCCUUUCCUUGCUUUCUUCCGUCUUGUCUUUUUCACUACACACAUUUUAGUCAGGCCGGAGAAUCGCAUCACCGCCGAAGCCUCCGUCUUAAAGCCGGACUCCUCGAGGAUCCAUCGGCAGUCGUUAUGCCUGGUGUUAGCUUUGAAGCCUUUAAGAAAAUUCUGGAUUUGGUCUUUUUUUAGUUUGUUAAGGAAAACAGAUAAAGUAGUUGUAACAUGGUAUUCUCAGUACUGAGUGCUGUGUGAUGCUGUUCUAAGUGAAACGAUCUUCACAUGAGUAUGCACUUCUUUAAUCUCUUUAAGUUGGAGAAAGAUUUAACAAUUUAUUCGAAAAUAACCCUUGGAAAAAAAUGUGUAAAAUGUAAUUUAUCUUGUGUAAGAUUUUGUCCUCUCCAAUUCACACUUUUAUGUUUUCCCACACAAAAUGUUUGUGAUGUUUAAACCGACGAACAAGAUGAGAGAGGUUACACAGCUUGAUCCUGGAGGAGUGUGCUGGUAAUUUUUUUUUCAUCUGAUCUUUUUAUUUUUCACUUAUUGAUUCGCACUGUGUUUCUCGUCCUAUCCGCUCCUAACACACCAUAGAUUUGCAGAUGCACUGAUUAGUCGACAACAACAAAAAAAAAAUCUAGACACUGAUAUUGUUAUCGUUACUUUUCCACACGUGAGGAAAGGAAAGAAUACAAUUGUUGUAAAUGAGCAUUUUACGGUGAGGUUUAAUUUUUAAAAAACACCCUUUAUUUUAAAUGCUUCACAAAGAGAUUGUGUGUUUUGUUCAUUAUUUGGGUUUAGGGUAAAUAUAUAUAUAAAACAAAAGAGGAAAUGGUGCCUCCAGACUGAGACCGUUUAUUUUUGUUUAUUCAGAGUAAAGAUUAGUAGGCAUCUUUUUAGAACCAUAUUGAGGUUGCAAUUCAUAUUUCUAGCCAGAAUACAGAAUAUUACACUCAGUAGUGCAGUAGAUGUCGAUAAGGUGUGCUUUCGCACUUUUUGUAGAGGCCUAUAAGGAAAACUAUUGGUCAUUGAUGUUUAUCCCUUUAAAUCAAUUCAUCCUUUUCACACAAGAAGUAAUAUCAGCGAUAUUAAGAUACCCGUGAAUUGAUUCUUUUACAGGCACUAUAUAUUCUGUGUGUGGAGGUAGAAUAAAUUGGCACAGUCAUGAGAAUGACGUUUAAUACUCAAGUAGCGGCUGACUCUGAUUAGUCACUCUGAGCAUGCUGACUCUCUGAUUGGUCAAUGGUUUCCUAAUAAAUCCAGCUAACUAACAA